AUGCUUGACCCGAAAGAAGAAGAUCUUGAAAAGCUGGCAGAGACCUGUCUCGCCACGGCAAGGCAGAUCAAAGAAUAUCUCGCUGCGAACAAGCAACCACAGCCAACAUUCGACCAGGACGGGCCAUCCACCUUCCCCGCGGCCACCCCCGAAAUUCAACGGGCUCGACUCGACCUUCGCACCGCCGCCAGGAGACUCUACGACCUGGCUUCGGGCCCGGAAGACAUAGUGACAUGGCAUCUCUACCAAAGCUGCCACGACCUCAACGCCUUGCGCUACGUGUUUCACUACAACAUCCACACCGCCGUGCCCCUCGAUGGGACCAUAACGUACACGGACCUGGCGUCUCAACUCUCUCUCGACGCGUCGCAAUUGAAACAAAUGCUCCGACAGCUCAUGCCGAUCCACGUCUUCACCGAGCCCACGCCGGGCCACGUCGCGCACACGGCGUCGUCACGCCUCCUUGCCACGGAUGCGGGCAUCGCAAGCUACACGGGCUUCAUGGUCGAGGGCACGUUCCCCUACGCGGCGGGCCAGAUCGAGACGUUCGAGAAAUGGGGCCACGGACGGCCGGAACCCAACCGCACAGCCGUCAGCCACUACUACGACACCGACCUGUCCAUGUUCGAGUACUUUGAGACGCGGGCGCCGGCCGUGCGCGACCGCUUCGCCCGGCUGAUGACGCACAUGUCGAGCAACCCGUUGAUGGCCAACAGGCACGUGGCGAGCGGAUUCGAUUGGUCGUCGCUGCCGCCGGACGGCGUGGUUGUCGACGUCGCCGGUGGGCUGGGCCACUGUUCGAUCCCGAUCGCCGAAUCCACGGCGCCGACGGUGAAAUUGAUCGUGCAGGAUCUGCCCAAGAUCAUCGCCCGGGCCGGCGACCCGGCGACGUGCGUGAUUCCCGAGCCGCUGAGGAGUCGGUUCGAGUUCAUGGCCCAUGACUUCUAUGCGCCCCAGCCCGUCAAGGGCGCGGCCGUCUACUUUCUGCGCAUGAUUCUGCACAGUUACUCGGACGCGUACGCACUCCGUAUCCUCCGCAACAUCAUCCCCUCGAUGACCGCGACGUCCAAGCUCGUCAUCAUGGACCAAGUCAUGCCCCCGGCCGUCAACACGCUACCGGAACCGCUCGAACGCAUCAAACGCUCGCAGGACCUGCAGAUGAUGCUCCUCUGCAACGCCAAGGAACGGGACGAGGCCGAGUGGGCCGACCUGUUCGCGAGGGCGGGCGAAGGUCUCGUCCUCGAGGUCGAGGAGGAAGGCACCAAGCUGGGGAUCUUGGCCAUCAGGACCCCGCCGGGGAGUAUGAUGAGUUUGAUUGAGGUUGGGUUUGUGCGUCGUGGUGGUGGUGUGGCUGAGGGUGGUGUGGACGGCGGUGCGGGAGUCAGUGCGGAUGCUGUUGAAAAUGGCGAGGCAUGA